UCCACGUCACAUCGUCAUAUCGCCGUCGCGUAGCCAUUCCCCAACUCCGCAACCAACUCCAGCCUCCAUCAGACAAUUCACGUCGAGGAACCGCAAAUAUGUCCGACUUCAACGCCAUUGCUCAGCAGUUCGUCGAGUUCUACUACAAGACCUUCGAUGGUAACCGCGCUGGUCUCGGUGCCCUCUACAAGGAGCAUUCUAUGCUCACCUUUGAGGCACAAGGAACUCAGGGUUCAGCCGCCAUCGUAGAGAAGCUCCAGAACCUGCCAUUCCAGGAGAUCCAACAUCGCACCGACACCGUCGACGCUCAGCCUUCUGCUGACGAUGGUAUCCUCGUUCUGGUGACUGGUGCGCUUCUGCUUGGGGGCGAGUCCAAGCCAAUGAGCUUUACUCAGGCUUUCCAGCUCAAGAACGAUGCGGGCAACUGGUUUGUGCUAAACGACGUUUUCCGUCUCGUAUACCCCGCCGCAUAGAGUGCUCUCUCUUCUCUCAGCUUCGCUUCAUGGCGGUGGUUACAGGUGCACAUAGAGAAUCGCGGGGUCUUUGCGACUUUGCCACGACUGACGCGGUUUCCUUUUACGGGUUUUGAGCAUUUUGGCAGGGGAAAUGGAUGGCGGAUGAUGAUGGGGUUGAGAGCCGAUGCGUGGCGCAGUCGCCUUGGGGAACGUAGCUACUUACGAGUUCUACAUGAUUGGGUC